AUGUUACCACAGUUCACCCGCUUUGCAGCUCUCGCAGCCAUUGCUAUUCCUGUCUUUGCAGCUCCAACAACCAUUCCUGAAUUGCAGCAACUCAAAAUCCGAAAUCUUCAUGCCGCAGAUGUGAUUGAAAACAGUUGGAUUGUCGUGUAUAAGCAAGAUGUCACUGAAACACAGAUGGCUAGUCACCAGGAUUCAAUCAAAUCUCUGAUAUCCGGCCGCGACUUGGGCCAUGGAAUAAGAGCUUCAUGGAAUAUGGCUCAUCUUAAAGGCUACCAUUUAUUCGCGAACGAUGACGCUAUAGCAUCAAUAGCUCAGUCACCAGAGAUUGACUAUAUCGAACGUGACGCUCGUGUGACAACUUUCAAUCUCAACACUCAGAGCGAUGCUCCGUACGGUCUAGGCAGUAUCAGUCACUCGAAAGCUGAAACCUCCAGCUCAUACGUCUACGAUGGAACAGCCGGAAAGGGGGUAACCGUGUAUGUUGUUGACACCGGAGUCUAUGCUGAACACUCUGAACUCGUUGGACGUGCUUCUCUUGGCGCCAACUUCGUUACCGGAUCAGCUGAUACCGACGAAAACGGGCACGGAACUCACUGUGCUGGUACGAUCGCCGGAUCUACUUACGGUGUAGCAAAGAACGCAACAAUUGUUGGGGUAAAGGUCCUAGACGCAGAUGGAUCUGGCUCCAACUCUGGCGUGAUUUCUGGCAUUGACUGGGUCGCUCAAAACGCUCAUGGUGCUGGAGUUCUAUCUAUGUCACUCGGCGGAACAUAUUCUAACGCUCUCAACUCGGCUGUGACUUCCACCAUCAAUUCUGGAGUUACUGUUGUUGUAGCCGCCGGAAAUGACAAUGCUAACGCAGCACUCUAUUCGCCAGCCUCCGCACCCUCGGCUAUUACUGUCGGCGCUAUCGGAUCUAACAAUGCCAAGGCAUCAUUUUCAAAUUACGGAAAUGUCGUUGAUGUAUUUGCACCCGGAGUAAAUGUUCUAUCAUCUUGGAUCGGCAGUACAACAGCAACAAACACCAUAUCAGGCACUUCAAUGGCUACUCCCCACGUCGCUGGCCUCGCAGCAUACCUUAUCGGCCUGCAGCAACUAAACUCACCCAACGCCGUAUCAAACCGCAUCAGCUCCCUUGCUGUCAACGGUCAAAUUUCAAAUCUUCCUCUCAACACACCCAACAAGCGCGCCUACAAUGGUGCCGCAUAA